CCGCCCGAGUGAAGGCGCUGCCUUCUGGCCCCCGCCCGAGCCAGGCAUGGAGUUCGCCAACGGCACGACGGAGGCCGCGGGGAACGGGAGCCAGCCGGCGCCAGCCAGCCUGGGCUACCAGUUGAGCACGUCGGUGGUGCUGGGCGCGCUGAUCCUCUUCGCCGUACUGGGCAACGCGUGCGUGAUCGCGGCCAUCGCCCUGGAGCGCUCCCUGCAGACGGUGGCCAACUACCUGAUCGGCUCGCUGGCCGUCACGGACCUGAUGGUGUCGGUGCUGGUGCUGCCCAUGGCCGCCCUCUACCAGGUGCUGGGCAAGUGGACGCUGGGCCAGGUGACCUGCGACAUCUUCAUCUCCCUCGACGUGCUGUGCUGCACCUCGUCCAUCCUGCACCUGUGCGCCAUCGCCCUCGACCGCUACUGGGCCAUCACCGACCCCAUCGACUACGUCAACAAGCGCACCCCCCGGCGGGCCGCCGUCCUCAUCAGCCUCACCUGGCUCAUCGGCUUCCUCAUCUCCAUCCCGCCCAUGCUGGGCUGGCGCACCCCCGAGGACCGCUCCGACCCCAACGCCUGCACCAUUAGCAAGGACCACGGCUACACCAUCUACUCCACCUUCGGCGCCUUCUACAUCCCGCUCCUCCUCAUGCUCGUCCUCUACGGGCGCAUCUUCAAGGCGGCCCGCUUCCGCAUCCGCAAGACCGUCAAGAAGGCCGACAAGAAGCAGCAGCCCUCGCCGGGCCAGACCGAGGCCGACACCUGCCUCUCCCUCUCGCCGGCCACCCCGCCCAAGGGCAGCAACGGGGGCCUCCGGCCGCAGCCGCAGGCCAAGAGCUGGAAGAGCGCCGUGGAGCCCAAGGCCUGCCUCAACGGGGCCGUCCGCCUGACGGAAGACGGCCCGGUGGCGCCCUCCGCCUUGGAGAUCCUCGAGGUAAGCCCGUCCAACUCCACCAAGGGCCACCUGCCCCUGCCCAACAGCCACCAGCCCCACCCGGCCGCUGCCACGCCGGGCCCCGAGAGGAAGAACGAGCCCAAGAACGCCGAGGCCAAGCGGAAGAUGGCCCUGGCGCGGGAGCGGAAGACCGUCAAGACCCUGGGCAUCAUCAUGGGCACCUUCAUCCUCUGCUGGCUGCCCUUCUUCAUCGUGGCGCUGGUCUUGCCCUUCUGCGCCACCUGCUACAUGCCCCAGGAGCUGGGCGCCCUCAUCAACUGGCUGGGCUACUCCAACUCCCUGCUCAACCCCGUCAUCUAUGCCUACUUCAACAAAGAUUUCCAAAGUGCUUUUAAGAAGAUCAUCAAGUGCAAGUUUUGCAGGCAGUGA